AUGCAAAGCUUUGCAAUAUGUUGUUCUGUUCUUGGAGGAUUCAUUCUUAGCUUUGGUCUUAUUUCGCUAUUCAUCAAGGAAAGGCUGUACAUCGCAGAAACAACAGUUGCCACAUUAUACGGAAUGGUUUGUUCCUUCAUAUUCAAAGAUAAAGAGAACAGUCUUCCUUUUGAUGCACUGAAUAAUUCACAAUUUAUGUUUCAUUUUUCGCACAUAGUUCUAUCAUUACAGUUAGUGGCAGUUGGUGUCACUGUGCCCAGAAUAUUUAUGAAGAAUAAUUGGAGGCCACUAAUGGUACUUCUUCUGCCGGUUAUGAUGAUUAUGUACGCUAUGUCUAGUAUAAUUAUAAAAUUUGUAUUUAGAAUGGACUGGCUGCCUGCUAUGAUGAUUGGUGCGUGCGUUACCCCAACUGAUCCGGUUCUGGCCAGUGCUGUGAUUAAAGGGAAGUUUGCUAACAAGUACAUUCCAUCUAAGCUGAGAUAUCUGCUGGCUGUAGAAAGUGGUGCGAAUGAUGGGCUAGGCUUCCCUCUCCUUGUUCUUCCAAUUCUUCUAAUGCAGUUCAAGGGAAAUAGCAGCCCAGUAACAAGCGCUCUAAAGAAAUGGUGUAUUCACACAUGGGGAUUUGAAAUUCUAUUUGCAAUUAUAAUGGGGGCUGUAAUCGGCGCUGUUGCCAGGAUUCUUUUAAAGUACAGUGUUAAAAAAAGGCUAAUUGACAAGGAAAGUUUUCUGGCUUACUCCCUGGCCCUGGCUAUUCUUGUGACUGGUGUAACUGCACAAAUGCAAAGUGACGACCUUCUUGCUGUCUUUGUAUCUGGACUGUUCUUUGCAUGGGAUGAAGAAAUGGUUGUUGAUAUGAAAAACUCGCACGUGAUGGAAGUGGUUGAUCUUCUAUUCAACCAGUCAUUCUUCAUUGUUCUCGGAAUUAUUCUGCCCCUUAAAGUUCUUAAUUGGAAGACCAUGCUGGCUUCUUUGCUUAUUCUGCUGUUCAGAAGACUUCCUGCGAUUCUUCUCAUGAAGGUAUGCGGGCUGCUUCCGUACUUUAACACAAGAGAAAUAUUCUUUGCAGGAUGGUUUGGGCCAAUUGGAGUCGGUGCUAUUUUCUUUGCUUAUCACACUAUGCAAGAGCUUGUAACAUUAGAUAAAGCACUAGCCGACCAUAUCUUGGAAGUAGUUCUGGGUAUUGUGUUCUCAAGUAUUGUAGUGCACGGAACCACCGCCCCAAUCAUCCACAUGCACCUGAGAAGAAAGAACAGAAAGCACAGAAAGUCUGUUAAAGAUAUAUACGAAUCAGACACAGAAAUUGAAAGAGAUCUUGAUACAGCACAAUUACAGGAGAUUAUUUGAAUGAAAAUAUCCUAACCUAAAAUAAAUAAC